AUGAGCCUGGGGAUACAGAAGGUGGAAGCUUUGGACGCGGGUCAUUUGCUCCGCGUGGAGUGGGAGGAUGGGAACGAGAGCCGCUACCCCUGCGUGUGGCUGCGGGACAACUGCCAGUGUCCCCGCUGCUUCCUGCGCUCGGCCAAGGCCCGCAGGCUGGUCCUCAAGGACCUGGAUGUGAACAUCGUGGUGAAGGACGUGGCUGUGGCAGAUGGGAAAAAGAUCUCUAUUACAUGGCCUGAUGAGCAUGCAAGUGAAUAUGAAGCUGAAUGGUUGAAAAAACGAUGCUUCUCUGAAGAAGCCAGAGCAGAAAUGAGAGAAGAUUUAUUUUUACCAGAAUGCCAGUACUGGGGCUCAGACCUACAACUUCCCAAAAUACCUUUUGAAGAAGUCCUGUACAAUGAUAAAAGUGCAUACAAGUGGCUUUGCACCCUAAAGAAAGUAGGAAUUGUGCUGCUGACAGGAGCUGCUGCUAGGCAGGGAGAGUUGAUUAAACUUGGCCACAGGAUUGGGUUCCUGCGUCUGACUUUUUACGGACCAACUUGGCAAGUGCAAGACAAAGCAGACGCUAACAAUGUGGCUUACACAACUGGGAAACUAUGUUUUCACACUGAUUACCCUGUUCUGCAGCAUCCACCUGGGGUUCAGUUCCUCCACUGCAUAAAGCAAACCACGACAGGAGGUGAAAGUGAAGUUGUAGAUGGAUUCCACGUAUCCAACCAGCUGAAGAAACAAAAUCCUCAAGCAUAUCAGAUCCUGUCCUCUACUGCUGUAGACUAUACAGAUGUUGGGGUGGACUACUGCGAUUUUGCUGUGCAAUGUAAACAAAGGAUUAUAGACGUGGAUUCCAGAGGCCAAGCAGUUCGCAUCAAUUAUAAUAAUGCAACAAGAGACACAGUGUUUGACGUACCAGCUGAAAAAGUGAGGCCAUUUUAUGCAGCUCUAAAGGAAUUUGAUGAUUUAUUAAACAGCUCAGAACACAAGUUUACUUACAAGCUGAAACCAGGGGACAUAGUGACAUUUGACAACUGGCGGGUGCUCCAUGGGCGGCAAAGCUACGAGUCGGGCUCAGAGGUGACACGUCACCUGGAAGGUGCCUAUGCAGACUGGGAUGUGGCCAUGUCCAGGCUCCGGCUCCUCAGGAAGAAGCUCCUGAAGAGGGACUGAGCUUUCUUCUAACUAGAACAAGAAAAA